UUUGUUCGGGGAAAAUGCCUCGACUGAGCAGUUGGUUGGUGCGCUGCUGCUAGCUGUGCGCCGCUCACGCCGACGAGCAUCUCCUCCCAUCUCCGGUGCCAGGUGUUAGUCCGGAACUGGUAAUCAUGGCCAAGGGCUGGAUAUUCUCUGCUCUGUUACUGGUGUCACUUGUGAUGGCUCCUGCUUGUGAGGCGUUCUACUUGCCAGGCAGUUACAUGCACACGUACCGGCAAGGCGAGGAGAUAGGAGCAAAGGUGAACUCGCUCACGUCAAUUGAGACUGAACUGCCUUUCAGCUACUACAGCCUUCCGUACUGCCAGCCUCAGGGUGGGAUAAAGAAGAGUGCUGAAAAUCUGGGGGAGCUCCUUAUGGGUGACCAGAUUGAUAAUUCCCCUUACCGUUUCCGUAUUAAUGUCAAUGAGUCACUAUAUCUGUGUACCACAAGCCCACUGGAUGAGGUUGAUGUGAAGCUCCUCAAGCAGCGCAGCCAGGACCUCUACCAGGUAAACAUGAUUCUUGACAAUCUUCCUGUGAGGAGGUUUACUGAGCAGAAUGGAAUGACCAUUCAGUGGACGGGCUAUCCAGUUGGUUAUACGCCUGAAGGUAGCUCUGAUGUGUACAUCAUUAACCACCUGAAAUUUAAGGUCUUGGUCCAUAAGUAUGAAGGAAGUAAAGUGAGGGUAGUUGGAACUGGGGAAGGAAUGGAAGUGAUCUCGGACACAGACACGGAUGCCGGGUCUGGAUUUGAGAUAGUGGGAUUUGAGGUGGUCCCAUGCAGUGUGAAGCGUGACCCUGAAGCAAUGUCAAAGCUUACAAUGUAUGAUAAGGUUGAGGCUGUGAGCUGCCCCGUGGAGUUGGAGAAAUCUCAAAUGAUCAGGGAGAAGGAGCGGAUUACUUUUACGUAUGAUGUUGAAUUUGUAAACAGUGACAUCAGAUGGCCAUCGCGGUGGGAUGCAUACCUGAAGAUGGACGGUGCGAAAAUUCACUGGUUCUCGAUUAUGAACUCAUUGAUGGUGAUACUGUUCUUGGCUGGCAUUGUUUUUGUCAUAUUAUUGCGGACAGUGAGGAGAGACUUGACUAGAUAUGAGGAGCUGGAUAAGGAGGCUCAGGCUCAGAUGAAUGAGGAACUCUCUGGGUGGAAGCUGGUCGUUGGAGAUGUCUUUAGAGAGCCAACCUCAUCAAAACUGUUCUGUGUCAUGAUUGGUGAUGGGGUUCAAAUUCUGGGCAUGGCAAUUGUCACCAUUUUCUUUGCUACCUUUGGAUUCAUGUCUCCUGCCUCUAGAGGAAUGUUGUUGACAGGGAUGAUAUUCCUCUAUAUGUUACUUGGUAUUUUGGCCGGAUAUGCUGCUGUCAGGCUCUGGAGAACUGUAAAGGGAACUUCUGAGGGGUGGAGGUCUGUCUCCUGGUUAACUGCCUGUUUCUUCCCUGGAAUUGUCUUCAUUGUCCUCACUGUAUUAAACUUCAUGCUGUGGUCAAGAAACAGUACUGGAGCUCUCCCCAUCUCACUUUUCUUCACUCUUCUGUCCUUGUGGUUCUGUAUCUCUGUGCCACUUACCCUUCUAGGUGGUUUCCUUGGAACAAGGGCCGAGCCAAUUGAAUUCCCUGUUCGAACCAACCAAAUACCAAGAGAAAUCCCUACAAAGAAUUACUCAUGGCUCCUCAUAUUUGGUGCUGGAACUCUACCUUUCGGAACACUCUUCAUUGAGCUCUUCUUCAUUCUUUCAAGUAUCUGGCUCGGAAGAUUCUAUUAUGUGUUUGGGUUCCUCCUUGUCGUGCUCCUUUUGCUGGUUGUGGUAUGUGCCGAGGUAUCUGUUGUUCUUACCUACAUGCAUCUCUGUGCUGAGGACUGGAGGUGGUGGUGGAAAGCUUUCUUUGCCUCUGGAGCAGUGGCAUUUUAUGUGUUCCUCUACUCUAUCAACUACUUGGUGUUUGAUCUCAGAAGUUUGAGUGGGCCAGUUUCUGCCACACUAUAUAUCGGAUAUGCUUUCAUCGUCUCUCUUGCCAUCAUGCUAGCUACUGGAACUGUUGGAUUCCUGACAUCAUUCUCUUUCGUUCACUACCUUUUCUCAUCAGUCAAGAUUGAUUGAAGGCAUUAUCCUGCAAACCUCGAAGGAUUGUACACGCAAUGCUUUGAUCAUGGCAAGGGAAAGCAAUGUACACGGUUGUGCCAUUCUUAAUGUAACAUAUUACUGAGAGUCUUGAUACUAUUGUACCACAAUACAUCUGGUAUGUUCUAGUAGAUGUGAUCUUAAGCUUGUGAUGUUCUUUUCUUAUUUUUGCUGCAUUGUGUGUUGAUGCAAAUGAUCCUUUAAAAUCGUGAAUUUUGCCA